GCUGUUUUGAGGAAGAGGCGGAGGCGAAGACGCUCCCUGUUUCCAGCUUUUUCCGAGGCGUCUGGGGCGUUUGGUGAGGCAGUCAUGGGGGCUAUAACCAGUAGACAGAACGCUGGCGUGGAGGAGGUGGAUAUUGGGGUCAACCACGCCUACAGAUACCCUCCAAAAUCAGGAAACUACUUCAGCAGUUAUUUCAUUAUGGGAGGGGAACGGUUUGACACAGCAGUGCCAGAGAUGUAUCUCUUUGGUGAGAACAUGGAUGUCAACUUUUUAGGUUCUCGUCCAGCUCCAUUUCCCUAUCCUGCUCCAACAGCAAAUGAACCAAGCAAAACACUAAAGGCACUCCUCAAUAUAAGGAAAGAGAGCUUGCGCUUUGUGCGAGCACCAGACGACUCUGCCAUGUUAAAAGAGGCAGAGGAUAGAACGGCCACAACUAGAUUUAACAUUGAGUUCACUUUUGACUGUGAUGUGCGAUGUGCUAUAACUAUCAUGUACUUCUGUACUGAAGAGGUGACAAGCAAUGGAAUAAUCUACACUCCACGUGAUCCCAACAUGAAUUCGGAGACCUACCACUACAAGCGAGGAGCAAAUCAACAGUUUUCACAAGUCUGCCAUGUGUUUGACCCAUCACUAUACCCCGAGGAAGAUCUGAUGUAUAGCUUUGACCGUGAAGUUAUGCCCAUCGUCAUUUACUGUCUGGCAGAGGAAGGGGAAGAUGAAUUUUCCACAGAGCCUCGCCAGUCCCACGUGACGUUCGCUGUGGUGGAGAAGCACAGCGAGGGAUAUGUCUUGAAGCCCCUCAAGCAAAAGCUGUUCGUGGACGGGCUGUCGUACCUCCUGCAGGAAAUCUAUGGCAUCGAGAACAAAAAAGCAGACAAUGCCAAAGUGGCAACAGAGGAGGACACAGAGGAUAAUGGAGCAGAAUGUGUCAUCUGCAUGUGUGACCUGCGAGACACUCUCAUUCUGCCCUGCCGUCAUCUGUGUCUGUGUAAUUGCUGUGCAGAUUCCCUCAGAUACCAAGCCAACAACUGCCCCAUUUGCCGUGCUCCAUUCAGAGCUUUGCUGCAGAUAAAAGCCCUUCAGAAGAGUACUGGACAGGUGACCAAUCCACAGCCAAACACUGAGGUAGACAAGGCUGCGCAUGUGGUAGUUUCGUUCUUGCCAGACAAGCAAGGAGACUGCGAGGAUGAUGAGGGUUGGCUUGCAUGCACUGCUUUGAUUGGAAACCUGGAUGCCCCUGACAUUGCUAAAUACCAACAUGACACUUAUGCUAAAUUAUUUGUAGGUUUGCUCUAUGCAUUUCUCUUUUAGUAAGGAAAUCAGUAGCAUAGAUUAACACUUUAACACUUUGAAAGAUCUCUAGGGUGAAUUUUUUUAACACCAUAGAAAAGAUACUAUAUGGAUGGUGUAAAAUUGAAUAAAAGAUCAUUUAAAUUUGCUUUCUCCUCCCUACCCCAGGGCU